AUUAGUACUUAAAACCUUCUUUUACACGUACAAUUAAAUUUCUCUUCUUUCAUAUCUUAAACUCAAACAUCUCUCCUCAAACAAUAUGAAGUUACUAGGUUGGAUGCACUCUAUACUAAGACAAAAAGGAAAUGAGCCACCAAACAAUACUGCCAUAAUAGUUUCAGGAAAUUCCGUGUCAGCUCAUGACAAGGAAGUUAAAAGCAAUGGAGCAGAAGAUGAAAUUUUCCCUGGAUUUUUGGCAAUUGGUACUCUGGGUAAUUAUGAGACAACUAAUACUGACCCUCCAACGCCAACGUUUCCUAUGCAUGUCGAAACAGAGAAAGAACUGAAGUUCAUAAAUGAUGAGCUUGAGAAAUUUCUUGAAGAGAAAGUGAAUGAAGAAUUUGCUUUUGAGCCAUCAGAAAGAACCAUGGAAGAAUGUCCACUUCAGAAAUAUCUCUUGGGUUCUUCAGUUGAGUCGCAAGAGAUCAUAGAGUCCGAGGUAAAGCUAAAGCAACAAAAAGGAUUCAUAGAAGAGUUGUUUAAGAAGAAAAACAAAGAUAAGAAGAAAAAAGAUGCAGUUCAUUUCAUGAAAAAGGUAUUGCAGAACCUCCUGCCCAAAUCAAAGAGCUCAAAUGUCACUGCAUCUGUUUCAAGCAGGAAGAAACUCCCUCAGGUCCUUAAAAUGUUUUACAGAAAAGUUCAUCCUGUGAAUGAGAACAAUAUUCUAGAAGAUAAUCAUGAGAUUAGCAACAUGAAUAUUAAUGUUUCCUGCAAGACUGCUAAUCUGACAAAUUCUUCUCCAAAGAAGGAAGUCAUCAACAGAGAGCACUGGAUUAAAACAGAUAGAGAUUACUUGGUGCUGGAGCUGGAGCUGUAGAUGGAUGGCAAAAUAUUAAGGUGUACGUCCGGUGUUUAUGUAAAGAAUAAAGGAGUACCUUCAUUAUUCUUUGUGCAACUCGAUCAAAGUGUGCAUGCGCUGGCCAGAUUUGAUUAUAUAUGUUUGAUGAAUUGUUAAGAAAGUAAUAGUAUUGUCUUAAAUAAUAAUGUGUGAAGUUAGACAGACAUGUAUGUUUGUUGAGUAAUAUUGUUUCUUUAGCCAUCAAAAACUAUUUCUAGUUUGUAUAUACGUAUGCUCCAAUCAUUGACAUGUCACUAGCUUUAA